AUGCUGUUUCCUGUGGUGUUAUGUGCAGUUGUGCUAACGGGGAGUGGUAAAGUUCAAGACGAUGAAUGGAUUGACCCCACGGACAUGCUCAAUUACGAUGCAGCGUCAGGAACAAUGCGAAGGCCUUACAAGGCAAACUAUCAUGACUCUGCGGAUGCAGUCAGUACUGAAGUCUUAUCGAGUUGUUCCAGAGAAGUAGAUUCCUUGCAACAGAAGAUUGCAGAUUGUGAGAAGAGGAAUGCCAAAUCUCGUGAAAGCCGUAGCUUUUAUAUUUUUAAGCGAUACUUGAAAAAGAUUUUAAAUGAGGCUGGAAAACUUGGCCUUCCUGAGGAGGACGUGGGCCGCGUCCAUUACGAUGCCGAGAUCAUCCUUACAAAGCAGACGUACUUGGAGAUCCUCCGGUUUCUCAAUGAGGAAACUUGGCAGUCAGGUGCCGUGGAUGAUGCACUUAGUGAUAUUUUGGUCAAUUUUAAGCACCAUGAUUACGAAGCUUGGCACUGGAGAUUUGAAGACACUUUUGGAAUAGAUCUGUAUAAUGUGUUUCUGAUACUCCUUUGCUUAGUGUGCGUUGUCGUUGUAAUAGCCACAGAGCUCUGGACACGUAUUCAUUGGUUUGUUCAGCUAAAACGUGUUUUGUUGAUAAGUUUUCUCAUCAGUUUUGCAUGGAAUUGGCUUUACUUGUAUAAGCUGGCCUUCGCGCAGCAUCAGGCAGAAAUUGCGAAAAUGGGGCAGUUUGAUAACGUCUGUGCUGAGAAGUUGGACUGGGGGGGAAGUCUUAUCGAGUGGCUCAGAAGUAAAUGGACGUUUCAGGACGACCCCUGUCAGAAGUACUAUGAAACUCUGCUCGUAAACCCCGUCCUGCUGGUUCCACCGACCAAGGCAUUGGCAAUUACUUUCACCAACUUUGUGACUGAGCCUUUGAAGCACGUAGGACAAGGGAUUGGCGAAUUCAUCAAAGCACUUAUGAAGGAGAUCCCGUUCAUUCUGCAGGUUCCAGUGCUAGUUACGAUGGCUCUGGCUGUCCUGAUAUGUGACUUUGAAUUCUGUGUGAAAACUGCAAG